ACAAUACUAGAGCGCGACCGCUGUGUCCGUCUCUCAUCCGGCAUCGUGCACCGCAGCCCCAAAGUGGAAUUCCAUUGACUGGCCCGAGCCUUCCUAAGAACCCACAGUUCUUUAUCCCUGGACGGACGCAGCUCUGAUUGGUUAAACCCUCCCGGACUCUCCGUAGUUGCUCGAUUCCAUUGGCUGAGAUCUGUCUCUAUGCAAAUCCAACCCUGGAGGCACGCAUUCCAGCACUGCCCACUGACUGCCAGUAAAACCCUGCCUCCCACUGUCGGGACGUUCAUUCAUACGCAGAAACUCAACUCUAUACACAACCGGAGCAUUCAACAAGGGUUUGUCGAAAUAUAAGGCUGUUUGCAGUGACACAUCCUAGCCUAUUCCUCGUUGACAUUCCAGACACUAUUUAUAAAAGCGAAAUUGAAGUAUUAAAGUUUUUUCCGUCUCCCAUGUUGGCACGCAUAGAGACGAGCAUAUUCCUAUUGCGAAUUGGGGAGCCAUAGAACAUCCAUCAAAGUUGACCUUUUGUGGCGAGUAACUCACAAGUUAUUGAAGAACAACAGAAGAGGAAAAGAACGAGAAAAAAAGAACCCAACUGGACUUUCUUAUUCGCUGCUCGCUGCUCAUUUGAAUGCGCCCUGAGACCUCAUUGAAUGACGGUCGGGUUUUAUUUAGUAUCUGUUCGGUGGAUGCCUCUUCAGAUUAUGUGUCCAUAACACGGAUCAUGGAAUGAGGACUUCACACACCGAGAUUUAGGCGGGAUGUAUGUAAUUUGUUAACCGAAGGUCUUUGACUCCACUACAACGCAUAGACCCAGUUUUAUUCGUGCCCGCUCAGGUACCUUCAGACUGUCGUCUGAUUUCCACUGUUGAUCCACGUGCCUUGGGAGAGUUCAUCUAACGACAACGGGUUUAAUUUUUGAGGCAAAUAUCAGAAGAAACAUAGAGCUAUAUAUUCCACAGAGAGUCCGUUUAACUGGAUCCUACUGCGGUGUACAAAUGGUCUUCCUUUGGGACGCCAAAUACGACCCAGCACCUGGUCGGCGCUUCUCCCCCCCUUCCACCACCCUGUUGUCAGGUAAGAUGAGUGAGGGUCUGCCCCUGGGUGCCCAGGAGAGCAGUAGCGCCGCCCUGGUGGGAAAGCUGCGUAUUGCAGACCGAGGCAUGGUGGAGGUGCUGUCAGAACACCCUGGAGAACUGGUGAGGACAGACAGCCCCAACUUCAUCUGUUCUGUCCUACCCACACACUGGAGGUGCAACAAGACGCUGCCCAUCGCAUUCAAGGUGGUUGCCCUUGGUGAUAUACCUGAUGGUACCUUGGUCACGGUGAUGGCUGGGAACGAUGAGAACUACUCAGCAGAGCUCCGCAAUGCCACGGCCGCCCUCAAGAACCAGGUGGCUCGCUUCAACGACCUGCGCUUCGUAGGCCGCAGCGGACGAGGGAAGAGUUUCACUCUGACCAUCACAGUGUUCACCAACCCUCCCCAGGUGGCCACCUACCAGAGAGCUAUCAAGAUCACCGUGGACGGGCCCAGAGAACCACGCCACUCUAGGCAGAUGCAGACAUCUCCGUCGUGGUCCUAUGAGCAGUCCUACCCCUACCUGGGUCAGAUAACCACACCCACCGUCCACUCAACCACGCCCAUCUCACCCAGCCGCUCCUCCCUCAGUGACCUGUCCAGCCGCCUCUCAGGCCCUGACCUCACAGCCUUCAGCGACCCCCGUAUGUCCCUGGAUCGCCCGUUCUCCUCCCUGACCUCGCUCCCUGACAGCCGCUACCCUGACCCGCGCAUGCACUACCCUACUGGGGCCUUCACAUACACCCCAACCCCUGUAUCCAACGGCGCCAUUGGACUGACCAUGGCGACCACCCCUGCUGGGCGUUACCACACCUACCUCCCCCCGCCCUACCCCACAAACGCCCCCCAGGGCCAAAGUGGACCGUUCCAGGCCGGUUCCUCUCCCUAUCACCUGUAUUAUAGCACGGCCGCUGGGUCCUACCAAUUCUCCAUGAUGGCGGGGGGAGGCGGGGAGCGGUCUCCUCCGAGGAUAUUCCCUCCCUGCACCAACGCAUCCACAGGCUCCUCCCUCCUGCACCCGUCUCUGCCAAAUCAGAGUGAAGGGGUGGGGGUGGAAGCGGAGGGAAGUCACAGUAGCUCCCCUACCAAUAUGGUACCCGAGGCCGUAUGGCGGCCAUAUUGAGCACGGCAGCGGGGUUGACAAAUGAUUGACGGACUUGCUGGCUAAUUGGAGUGGAGAAGGGGCUUUCACGGAGCGUUCCUAUUGGAUCAUUAGAAUGAUCAAGGAACAAAUUGUGGAAGGAACAGAAACAGGGUGCCAUUUUACACCGAGGAGCAUGCAGCAGCACUGAACUGAAAAUAAUUCAGCUUUGUUUUAUAAAAGGAUUGUUUGCCAUGGUUAUGAUUGUUGUCGGUAUUAUGAAUUACUCGUGGCCAAAAAUACAAUGGGUGAUUUUUAUGUGUGCCACAGGCACUCCCCUCCUAUCCCACCUCCCCUUGUACCUCCUCCCCCUCUCCUCCCUUAUUCCACCUCCCCUUGUACCUCCUCCCCCUCUCCUCCCUUAUCCCACCUC